AUGUCAGUGCUUCUGGAAACCAGCUCUGGCGAUAUCGUGAUUGACCUGCUGGUCGAUUACGCGCCAAAGCUUUGCGAAAACUUCCUGAAGCUUUGCAAAGUCAAAUAUUACAACUUUUCACCAGUCCACUCUGUUCAGAAGAACUUUUCCUUCCAGACCGGCGAUCCUCUCGGACCCUUAUCGAAACAGUCCGAUGGAGGCACCUCUAUUUGGGGCCUGCUGUCGGGCGACAGCUCCAAGAAGAUGUUCCCGGCCUUCUUCCACCCGAAAUUGAAGCAUCUCGAGCGAGGCACCGUCAGCAUGGCGACGGUGCCCCUGGAUUCCGACCCGGAUACGCGCGUGGCGGCUUCUCAGUUUAUCAUCACCUUGGGCGAUGAGACGGACUACUUGGAUGGCAAGGCCGCUGUCUUUGGCAAGGUCGUGGAGGGCUUCGACGUGUUGGAGAAGAUCAACGAGGCCAUCGUAGACGACAAGGGGCACCCCCUUAUCGACAUUCGAAUCAAGCACACCAUCGUUCUCGAUGACCCGUACCCCGAUCCCCCCGAGCUGCGAGAGCCCAGCGCCUCGCCUCCUCCGACCAAGUCACAACUCGAUACUGUUCGGAUCGCGGACGAGGCUGCGCUGCACGAAGACGAUGAUCUAGAUGAGGAGGCGAUCGAGAAGCGGCGGAGGGACCGCGAGGCACGGGCCCAGGCUCUCACUCUGGAAAUGAUGGGUGACCUGCCGUUUGCCGAGGUCGCUCCCCCUGAAAACGUCCUAUUCGUCUGCAAGCUCAACCCCGUCACGACGGACGCCGAUCUGGAGCUCAUAUUUGGCCGAUUCGGCAAGAUUCUGAGUUGCGAGGUCAUUCGUGAUGCCAAGACAGGCGACAGUCUCCAGUAUGCCUUUAUCGAAUAUGCUGACAAGGCGUCCUGCGAGGCUGCCUAUGCCAAGAUGCAGGAUGUCCUGAUUGACGAUCGGCGUAUCCACGUGGACUUCUCGCAGAGUGUGAGCAAGCUGCAACAGGUCUGGAGAGACGAUACAAACCAGAAGCGCAGAAAACACGCGUCCAGGGGUGGAUUCGGAGGUGUUGACGAGCUCGAAAAGAGGCGGCAAUACCGUGACGAAUACGAGCGAAAUGGAGAUGAUUACGAUCUGGUGUACGGAGACGAGGAGAUGAAGGGUCGCCACCAGCGCGCCAAAGACCGUCGUCCCGAGUCAGAUAAGCAGCAGCAGCCUGAGCAAGACAGAGAUCAACGGGAAAGAGAUCGACCCAGAUCGGAACAGGUGCGGAGACGCAGUCGAAGCCCCGGACGCUCAAGGGCCAUGGAUAGGGACAGAAGAGGAGAUGGAGAUCGAUACCGAUCCGAUGAUCGCGGUUCCGGCCGACGGCACGAUCAAUACGAACGGCGACGUGACGAUAGGGAUUCGGGUCGCAGAGACCGCAGAGACUGGGACAAUCGGAAUCGAGGUAGGGAUCGAGACUCGGACAGACGAAGAUAG